AUGGAGACGAAGCAACUCCUUCGACAUCUUCUCCGUCAGGCCAGUGUUCUCUAUGAUGACGUAGCACGGAUAUACAUUACUCGUUAUAUCGUACAACGUUUCCGAGUAAAUCUCACGGCAGACUCAUGGCGUCGAACGAAGCUGCUCAAAGAGGGGCGGCGUGGACUCUCUGUGCUCAUUCGUGCAAACGCUGGUGAUCCUAAACCAUUGACAAAAAUCCUGGAGAUGAGCUAUGGGCGAACCGGAAGGAGAAAACAUGAGCUUCUAGAGCCCAUUUUAAAACAAGACCCAGAAAUUGAACCGGAGCCCCUCAUACCCGAUGAGCCCCGCAGCAAACCGCCAGCUAUCUCAGCUGCACUACGAGUAUUACUAUCCUCCCAAUAUAACAGAAACAUCUCCUCCAAAGUCGUACCCCAACUACCUGAAACGAAUAUCUGGGGCCGUCCACUACCCAUACGUCGAAAGGUCAAUAUGCUCCAUAGGCAUCACUCAAACCUCCUUGCAAAGGUCCUCCCCCCCCUCAGCGAAUACCACAUGGAACGUCUCGAACGUCUUGUAAGUGGCUUGGAGAACCCAAAGCCCCCCAAAAGAAGAGCCUUUACAGCACUACCUUUGCCGGAAGGCACGAAAGUGCACAAUCUGACGCCAAGGUUCCGGAAAAGGAUGUGGAAGAAGAUACUUGCACAAAGCUCAACAUUAAGCCUAGACGGAGAGAAGAACAGAUGGAUUGUUAAAUACUCGCCAUUGACGGAGAAGCCUAAAGUAACUGUUGGAAAAUUGGAAGACUUUGAAGGGUUGAUUGUCGAGAAAAGUACCCAGCAACAAAGAGGGGGGAGGAAUGGUAAAUACGAAAUGACUGGUGAGGAAGCGCUUCUUUGA